AUGUUUAAGCCUCUAUUAACAGCCUACUUAGCAGAGCUCUCAAAUUACCUCCACAGAAGCCAGGGCCUAGCUCCUAUUACUAAGGGUGAUUUCUUUCCCCUAUUCUGGAAUGCAUGGAAGGCCUCCUUUAAGAAAUCAACUAUCUUUAGCUCUUUCAGCUCAACAGGCAUAUCACUACCUGAUCCUACUUCUAUCCUUAAUAGGUUCACCCAUGAUAAGGACUCAGGUCACAGCUCCUCAUCAGGACUCAGCGAUCAUGACUGGCGAAAGAUGGAUAGGCUGGUACAAUUAGCUGUUAAGGAUCAGGGUAGUCAGGAUGCUCAGAAGCUACGCUAA